UGUGUGAGGGACUGAGAGUGAGUGUGUGCGAGGGAUGAGUGUCCGUGGGAUUGUGUGUGUGAGGGACUGAGUGCGAGUGAGGCAGCGAGUGUGUCCGUGUGAGGGACUUUGAGGGGAGACCUGAGUGUGAGGGAGUGAGUGUGUGUGUGCAGGGCUGAGUGUGAGUGAGGGAGUGACAAUGUGCGAGGGGCUGGCUGUGCGUGAGGGCGAGAGUGUGAGCCCGUGGGGGGGUACUGAGUGUGAUGGAGGGAGUGAAUGAGUGUGCGUGGGUUUGAGCCUGAGGGAGGGACAGUGUGUGUCUGGGGGAGUGUGUGUGAAGGAGGAGGUGUGUAUGGCUGUGAGGGAGUGCGCAUAUCUCUGAGGGAGUGUGUGUGUCUGUGUCAGGCAGGGUGUGCGCUUAUCUGUGUGUGAGGGAGGGAAGGGAGUGUGUGAAGGAGGGAGCGAAUGAGUGUGUGUGUCUGUGUGUGUGUGUCUGUGGGAGGGAGAGAGGGAGGGAGAGCGGCCGCCGCCGCCGCCGCCGGAUCGGUUUCUCGGGGUUUGACCAGCUGUCCCAGGCUAACCCUCUGCUCUCUGAAGAUGGAGGAAGUAAAAACAGGAUUACCCUUAGCUACGGCUCCUCCGCCGCCUUAGUCCCCCCACAGCCAACUGCCGUGCACAAACACACCUCCACUGGGCAGAGGGAGCCGACACUAAUAAACACACAAACAAAAGGGGGAUGGAACUGACUCACUGCCUGCGCGGCUGAGUGUGUGCCUGCCUACCUGGACUAGGGGGAAGAUAAGCACUGCACUUUGACUAUGGAAGCAGAGGCUGUUGAUGGAUAUAUCACAUGUGACAAUGACUAUUCGCCUGAGAGGGAGCACUGCGGCAUGGCCAUCGACCUCACCUCUAGCACUCCCAAUGGGCAGCACACCUCCCCCUGUCACAUGGCAGGCACGAAUUCAGUAAAGCUAGAAAUGCAAAGUGAUGAGGAAUUUGACAGGAAGCCCCUGAUUCAUGAAGACAUUAUCAGAGCUCACGAUGGAGGAAGCAGCCUGGAAGAUCCCUUCAUUGGGAGUAACGAGAUGGUGGAUAACAGAAAGAUGCAGGAGCUAUCAAGCGAGGGAGGAAUCCGGCUUCCCAAUGGUAAACUGAAAUGUGACGUCUGUGGCAUGGUUUGCAUUGGGCCCAAUGUGCUAAUGGUACAUAAAAGGAGCCACACUGGUGAACGCCCCUUCCACUGUAACCAAUGUGGAGCUUCUUUUACCCAGAAGGGGAACCUGCUGAGGCACAUCAAGUUGCACUCUGGGGAGAAACCGUUCAAAUGUCCCUUCUGUAGCUACGCCUGCCGGCGGAGGGACGCCCUCACAGGACACCUCAGGACACACUCUGUGGGGAAGCCUCACAAGUGCAACUACUGCGGCCGGAGCUACAAGCAGCGCAGUUCUCUGGAGGAGCACAAGGAACGCUGCCACAACUACCUGCAGAAUGUCAGUCUGGAGGCUGCUGGGCAGGUCAUGAGUCACCAUGUACCUGCUCUGGAAGAUUGUAAGGAACAAGAGCCUGUGAUGGACAACAAUAUUUCUGUGGUGCCUUUUGAGAGACCUGCUGUUAUAGAGAAGCUGUCUAGCAACAUGGGAAAGCGUAAAAGCUCCACCCCACAGAAGUUUGUGGGUGAAAAGUUCAUGAGAUUUGGCUAUCCAGAUAUCCCCUUUGAUAUGAACCUAAGCUAUGACAAGGAGGCUGAGCUGAUGCAGUCUCACAUGAUGGACCAAGCCAUCACCAAUGCAAUCACCUACCUUGGAGCUGAGGCACUUCACCCCCUGAUGCAGCACACACCGAGCACAAUCGCAGAGGUGGCCCCGGUCAUCAGCUCAGCUUACGCUCAGGUCUAUCAUCCCAGCAGGAUAGAGAGGCCCAUCAGCAGGGAAACAGCUGACAGCCACGAGAACAACAUGGAUGGCCCCAUCUCCCUCAUCAGACCAAAGAGUCGAAUCCAGGAUAGAGAGGGCUCCCCCAGCAAUAGCUGCCUGGAUUCUACUGACUCAGACAGCAGCCACGACGACCGCCAGUCCUACCCAGGAAACGCUGCCUUAACCCCCAAGAUCAAGCCAAACCCGGCUUACGUGAAGGAGGAGGCCAAGCCUUUGGAUGUCACAAAAGCUUCUAAGGGCUCUUUAAAGGAUAUGUACAAGGUGAUCAACGGAGAAGGGGAGCAGAUUAGGGCUUUCAAGUGCGAGCACUGUCGCGUCCUCUUCCUGGACCAUGUCAUGUACACCAUCCACAUGGGCUGCCACGGCUACCGGGACCCGCUGGAGUGCAACAUCUGUGGCUACCGGAGCCAGGACCGCUAUGAGUUCUCGUCGCACAUAGUCCGGGGGGAGCACACAUUCCGCUAGGCCUUCUCAUCCAAAGGGGACUCUAUGAAGUACAAGAACUGCACAUGAAGAAAUACUGCACUUACAAUCCCACUUUUCCUCAGACAUUGAGACGCCUAUUUUGUUGUUGUUGCUGUUGUCGUUGUUGCCGUUGUUUAAUUAUUAUUAUUAUUAACCUUAUUUUUUGUGGACCCAACCUCAUUUGCUCUGCCCAGCUUAAGAAUGGAGAGAAGGAAGGGAAUGGAUAAAAGAGGGGUUUGUUGUGGCAAUCAGUUCUUGGGGAGUGACCUGCCUUGCUUGCUGUGGGAGUUGGAAGGCAGUCUGUGUCUGUCUCAGUCAGUUGUACACCAUGUCCUCUCUUGGGAUGUCGCUCAACCAUGCCAGGUGCUUUCAAGUCCCAACAAGAUGCCACUCAUUUGGAAUUUCAGAGGAAUAGGUAGAAACAUUUCAGAGGAGAGCCUUUUUCUAAUGUGAAGAUUCGGUGCGAGCUUUCGGUGGCUGGAGGAAAGGGGGGGGAUCUUUGUUCUGCAGAAUGAACAAUUAUUUUUAAAGCAAAACUGGUAGGGAGUUAGGAGCAUGAAUCAAAGUCAAUAUUCCUCUCAAAAUUACUUUCAAGGGUGAGCUGUUUUCCUGGGUUCAGUGUGUAUUGCCCCUCUAGAAUGUAAAUAAAUUAAAAAAAAAAAAAAGAAAAAGAAAUAUAUGUCUUAACACUGUACCACAUUAUAGCAGUUUAGUUUCAUAAGUCUGAGGGCCUUCUGUGGUAAGUUUGAGGCUUUGUAUUUUUAUUUUUCCUUAACUUAUGAAGCACCUUUUUUUAGAAUUGUUGAUAUUCUGUUACUUCAUGCCUAUGUGUUGUCUCACUGGCUUCUUAGAGACCCUUGGAAGCCUUAUUUCUUUAGUUGCACCCUAAGUUUUAAGAAAGAACAUUUAGAAAUAACAUUUAAACUUGCUUCUCGGACAGUAAGUGGCCUAGGAGUGGGUGAGAGAGCCUGUAGUUUAC